AUGAGGAAGUUCUUUGAUUCCCGGCGUGAGUUGGUGAACUCCGGGCCUGGUUCUGGAGGUGGUGGGAGCUCUGGAUCCAGCCUGGCAGGGGGCAACUUCAUUGGGCGAGGGAUCACCGUGGGUCGGUACCAGGUAACUGUGGAGGAGAUCAUCGCUGAAGGUGGGUUUGCCAUUGUGUUUCUUGUUCGGACGAAUCAAAGCCUGCGCUGUGCUCUGAAGAGGAUGUACGUUAACAACGAGCACGACCUGCAGGUGUGCAAGCGGGAGAUCCAGAUCAUGAAAGACCUCGUUGGCCACAAGAACAUCGUUGGUUAUCUGGACUCCAGCGUGACUGCCAUGGGAUCCAGAGACGUUUGGGAAGUCUUUAUACUUAUGGACUACUGCAAAGGGGGUCAGGUGGUGAACUUGAUGAACCAGCGGCUGCAGACCGGCUUCUCUCAGGCUGAAGUGCUGCAGAUCUUCUGUGACACCAGUGAAGCUGUCUCUUGUCUGCAUCAGCGCAAAACUCCGAUCGUCCACCGAGAUCUGAAGGUGGAGAACAUCCUCCUCCACGACAAAGGCCACUAUGUGUUGUGUGACUUCGGCAGCGCCACCAACAAGUUCCAGAGUCCACAAACGGAAGGUGUUGCAGCCGUCGAGGAGGAGAUUAAAAAGUACACCACCCUCUCGUACCGAGCUCCUGAAAUGGUCAAUCUCUACAACAACAAAAUUAUCACUACCAAAGCUGACAUCUGGGCUCUGGGCUGCCUGCUCUACAAGCUGUGCUUCUUUACUCUGCCCUUUGGGGAAAGCCAGGUGGCCAUCUGUGACGGCAGCUUCACCAUCCCAGAUAACUCCCGUUACUCCUACGACCUGCACUGCCUCAUUAGGUACAUGCUGGAACCGGAUCCAGACCACAGACCAGACAUCUAUCAGGUCUCCCACUUUGCUUUUAAACUCGCACAGAAGACCUGUCCCAUACAGAAUUCUAAGAAUUCCCCACUUCCCACAAAACUUCCGGAGCCAAUCAAAGCCAGUGAAGCAGCUGCAGCAAAGAAGAGCCAAAAUAAACCCAGACUAACGGAUCCCGUUCCCACCACUGAGACCUCCAUCACUCCACGUCAAAGACCCAAAGCCAGUCACACUCAGGCCGGCUCGGGCAUGUUACCCAUCCAGCCGGCUGCUCUCACGCCGCGAAAGAGAGCUAAUGUCCAGACUGCAGCUCCAGUCGGGGUAAGUCUGGACCUGUCCCAGCCAGCAGCAGCUCUACUGUCCCAGAAGACUCAGACGUCCACUGCGGCUCCAGCUCAGCAGAAGCAGGUGGUCCAGCCGACUGCAGCACCAUCAGCAGAGACUAUGACAAAGACAGAGUCCUCUUCUCAAGCUCCAGUCCAGCCUCCGGUCCAGGCUCUUGUCCAGGCUCUUGUCCAGGUUCCGGUCCAGGCUCCCGUCCAGGCUCCCGUCCAGGCUCCCGUCCAGGCUCCCGUCCAGGCUCCCGUCCAGGCUCCCGUCCAGGCUCCCGCCCAAGCUGCAGCUCCCUCUGCAGCCAGUGCUCCCGCCCCAUCCAGCCCUGCAGCGCCUCAGCGACCUGUGCGGCGCAGGGCAGGUGUGGGGUCCCCCAGCAGAGGGGCCCCCUGUCCCAGUGACAACAGCACAAACGUAGCAGAGACGACUCCUCCAACUUCUCCAAAAACUUCUGAGGUCAGAGGUCACAGCCGCACGCCCAGUGACCCCGCCCCCCCCUUGGACUCCCCUCAGGCUGGACCUCCUGCAGAGGCCCCCAACAAUCAGAGCUCUGCGGGCAGUGCUGCUCCUCCCGUUUGGAACCCGUUUGAUGGUGAAAACUUCAACAUAUCAGAGGAGCACAGUUCUACUGAGGAAGUGAAGACGACGUCAGAGGAUUUAGUUCCAGGUUUACAGGCCUCAGGAGACGCCUCCGCUCACAAAGAUGAGACGUCUUCAAACGUUGUUAACGUGGAUCAAGAAGCUUCUCUUCUGUCGGUUCCUGAUCGAUUCCCGAGUCUGGACCUCACAAACACAGAAAAGCUGAUUGAAGGCCUGAAGUCUCCAGAUGUUUCUUCUCUGGUUCUUCCCGACCUGCUGUCGCUGUCUGAUCCUUUUGGGGGCACAGUAGAGGAAGUCAAAGACUCUCUCACCUCUGAGGACUCGCUCAUGACCUGCUCCCUGAUGUCCUGCCCUUCGGCGCCUCCUACAGGUAGCAGUGGCACCUCCUCCCUAUCCUCUGCCCCCACCUCUGCUGCUUCAGCUGUGGACUUCAGUCUGCUGUCGGGGGACUGUCCUCAGCCUAAAGAUUCUGACCUGCUCAUCUCUGACCUGGAGCCUCCUCCUGCGUCAGAUGAGGCGUGUGAGGAGGACAACUUCGAUCCCAUCCCCGUCGUGGGCCGAAAAAACUCUCAAGACGGAGGGAGCAGCGGCUCUACGCAGAAUCAGAAGGACUACCAAAGAACCACCUUAUCCUCAGAAGACGAUGUGUUUCUUCAAGCUCCGUUUGUUCGACGCCAAGUCCCCCCUCCCUCAGAGGCCCCUCCCCUCAGAGCCCCUCCCCUCCCUGUGGUGCAGGCGGUGGUCGUGCACAGGGUCGUGUCUAGGGUCGGGAGGCAGGCGGCGGUGGGUUCAGUCGCAGUGGGACCUUUGACCUCAUGGAGCCUCACCGGAAACACUGACCAGAGACUUACACGGGCUACAGCCAGACCUCAGGGGCCUCUGUGA